CUUGCUAAUUAACAACUAAAACUAUGGCGUCGACAUCCAAAGACAGUGUGCCGGCCACAAGUGAUGUACAGGUGAACAUAGGAAGUGAUUUAGAGCCCGGAGCUUGUCCGGAAAGUAUACUGAAUCCUACAGAUUCUUUUGAAGAAUUUGCUUCGGAGAUGAGCUCGAGUCUUCAAGAGAGGAACGACUCUUUGACUGUGAAAAGUAGCACUAUUAGUGAGAUUCAAAGUGAGAUUGGAGAGAGUUCGAAAGAAGCGCAAAUGAAGGCUGCAAAGUCGAGUGAUGAUUUACAGAAUAAAGAUGAACCCAUGUCAGCGUCAGCCAGCAACCCCAACCUGGUGGAAGAGAACGGGGAAGUGGAAAGUGAGCAGGAUGACUACUUGAAGUCUCCGGAGCUCGUUAACAAGGAGAAGCAUGUGUUUAUACUGAGUUCUGCCGGUAAACCUAUAUACUCUAGGUAUGGCAACGAGGACAAGCUGGCCGGCCUCUGCGGAGUAAUCCAAGCGCUGGUCAGCGUAGUUGAAGACCACAACCAAGAUAUCCUGAGGGCCAUCAACACUAAGGACUGCAAAGCGGUGUUCUUGGUGAAAGGACCUUUGAUACUGGUCGCAGUGUCUAAGAGCAAUGAGAGUGAAACACAGUUGGUUUUACAGUUGACAUACGCCUUCAACCAAAUAGUGUCAGUUCUAACCCUAACUCAAUUGAAUAAGAUCUUCGAGCAACGCCGCAACUAUGAUCUGAGGAGAUUGCUGUCAGGCGCCGAAAGGCUUAUAGACCAUCUACUUAUAUUUAUGGAAAAAGAUCCAGCGUUUUUACUAGGUGCCGUCCGUUGCCUGCCGCUCCCAGAAAAAUCCAGAGAAUCCAUAACACACGCCAUUAUUUCAGCCUGCCACAAAAUAAGGGACCUAGUAUUCGCUAUACUCAUAGCAGGCAAUCAGUUGAUCACUUUAGUGAGAAUGAAGAAAUACACAUUACACCCUUCGGAUAUACAUUUGUUGUUUAAUCUGGUGAGGAGUUCGGAGUCUUUUAAGACUGCUGAGAGUUGGACGCCGAUUUGUUUACCCAAAUUUGAUGCUACUGGUUUCCUCCACGGCCACGUCUCAUACAUCUCCGAAGACUGUCAAGCAUGCCUUCUCCUUCUAACAGUACAGCGAGACGCGUUCUUCCCUCUCUCUCAAGCUAAACACACCAUAGCAGAGAAACUGCGGCAAAAUAAAUGUUUGUCGGCCAUCAACGACGCACUUAACAGGCAUCCAGAUUUACCAACCACAGAUCCGCUUAAACACAUAGGGAUACCAGAGAUUAGGCACUUCAUGUACAAGUGUAAAUCUACGGCACAGCUGUUCACUUCGGACCCUAUAUCUAUAGACAAAUUGCAGGAUUACCGACUACGGCACAAAGAGGGCGGCGACGUGCUCAAAGAGAGGAAGCUAACCAAAAUGUCCGAGAUCGACUACGUGAGGAACUACAGGAAGUUCUGCAGCCAGAUACAUUGCACCUCUACACCAGCCAAGCUCAUCUUUAGGUCCAACUCGCAGGAUACCAUACUGGCUUGGAUAACAAACGGCUUCGAACUCUACGUGACCUUUGAUCCCCUGAUGGAUAAAGACCACGCCAUAAAGGCGGUGGACCGCCUCCUGCGGUGGAUCAAACGGGAGGAACAGAGGAUCUUCAUCAUGAACGCUCCCACCUUCUAGCCCGCGCCCUUCAGGGUCAGGAACCCCUUUGUGAGGUACAGUGUGGAAGAAAAGACGAUCGAUGUACAUGAGACUCUAUAAAGUU